AUGGAAGGGACCCUCUCAGGCGAGCCAUCCCCAGGCAAUGUGGGAAACGAGCUGGUGGAGCUGGAGCGGUUUGGGGUGGGGGUGGGCGAUGAUGGGUCGCUGGACGACAAUGUGGACUCGUUCCUGUCCACUGAUGAUGGGGAUGGCCGCGAGCCGCUGUUCUGUACGGGCAAGCGCAGCAGCAUGGGCAGCAUGGACGGAAAAGGUUUCUCCUUCACGGAGUACGGGUGUCUGCGGGCCAGCUCCACCAAGGUGGUGUGCUGCCACUUCUCCCAGGACGGCAAGCUGCUUGCGAGCGCUGGACAUGAUAAGACGGCUGUGUUGUGGGAGAUGGAUUCCCUCUCCAUGCGCGCCACGCUGGAGGGCCAUUCGCUGCUCAUCACGGACGUGCGGUUCAGCCCCAGCCUGCCACGUGUCGCCACGUCAUCCUUUGACAAGACCGUGCGCGUGUGGGACAUUGACAACCCCGCCUUCCCGCUGCGCACGCUAGCGGGGCACAUGACGUCCGUGGUGUCCCUCGAUUUCCAUCCAGAGGACGAGGACUUGCUCUGCUCUUGUGACGCUGAUGGGGAGAUCCGCUACUGGAGUGUCAACCAAGAGAUGUGCACCCGGGUCUUCAAGGGUGCCACCACGCAGGUGCGCUUUCAGCCGCGCAUGGGGCGGCUGCUGGCAGCAGCAGCGGAGUCGGUUGUCUCUAUCUUCGAUGUCGAGACAGAGGCCUGCCUGCGCACACUCGAGCAACGGCAUAGCAAGCCAGUGCAUUCUGUGUGCUGGGACGCCACAGGAGAGUUCAUUGCAUCUGUUUCAGAGGAUGCAGUGCGAGUGUAUGCGCUGGGGCCGGGCAACGGGGGAGAGUGUGUGCACGAGCUGGUCAGCAGCGGCAACAAGUUCCACUCCUGCACCUUCCACCCCAAGUACCCCUCCCUGCUCGUCAUCGGCUGCUACCAGUCAUUGGAGCUAUGGAACAUGGUGGAGAACAAGAGCAUGAUUGUGCAAGGGGCUCACGAUGGGCUUAUCGCUGCACUUGCACAUUCCCAAGCGCGUGGGCUCGUUGCGUCUGCGAGCCAUGACAAAUGCCUGCUUCAACCACCCCAAUUUCAAGUUCGAGUUUUGGCGGGAAAGUCUGACCCCGAGAUCAUACAGCCGCGCAUCGGGAUCAUACAGCCUGACAUCGAGAUAAUACGAUACGGCCACUCCAUCCAUCUCCAAUCUCGUUUCAUGCAAACUCCCGCAGCAUCCCGUCGCGAAGGUUCCAUGAUCCCCACUCCUGGUACGCGUCUCUCCUCGAUGCACGCGCCAUCAACCGCCGCGAAAAGCGCCGUCAGAGGCGGCGCCAGCAGUGUUACAGGCCGAGUUUCCGCCACUCCCCGCGCGAGCCUCACCCCCGCGCAAACCUCCGCGGGAUCCCGCGCGGGAGCCAGCAGAGGCGGCGGAUCCACCACGGGGCUGGUGAGCGGAGCCAGCACUGGCGGAAGAGGCGCAUCGGGGGCAGGCGGAAAAGGCGGAACAGGCGGCGCAGGUUUCCGCGCGGCCCCCAGUGCUGCGAAAGGCGUUCCGCAGGCAGCGGGGAGGGGGAGAUUUGAAGGGCCCCAAUAUCAAACUCCCGGGGGGAGAGGGCAAGGGGGGAGUGUAUACCAGACACCUCAUGGUGGAGGGGGAGGAGGGAUCAAGGGACGCCUUUUCCAGACUCCCAUGUCUGGAAAAGGGGAAGGAGGAAUGGGUGCUGGCGGAAGGGAGGGGAGAGUUGCGAUGGUGGGGGCGCGAGGAGACAGAACGGACUUGUCCCUUCUGCCAUCAGGUGAGGUUCUGGAAAGUGCUGAGCUGGCAGCAGCGACGGCCGCCGUGUCAGCAGCGCUGGAUGCCGAUGUGGCAAGAACAGCAGGUGGCGAGGAUAUAUCGGCAGGAGAGGGGAAAGGGGACGCGCAAGGGGCGGAAGGGGGCAUCACCAGCUGUGAAGGGGGGCAGGAGGAGGGGGCUACUACAAGCAGUGGCAGGGGGGAGGAGGAAGCGGGUACUACUAGCAGUGGCAGAGGGGAGGAGGAAGCGGCUACUACAAGCAGUGGCGGGGGGGAGGAGGAAGCGGGUACUACUAGCAGUGGCAGAGGGGAGGAGGAAGCGGCUACUACAAGCAGUGGCAAGGGGGAGGAGGAAGGGGGUAUCAGUGCUGUCAUGGGGAUGCAGGAAACGGGUACCAGCGGUGACAGGGCGGAGCAGGAAGAAGGGACCACUGGUAAUGGGAGGGGGCUGGAAGAGGUUGGUGUAGCUGGUGGAGUGCUGGGGGUAGAACUGGCUCAUGUGGCUGGCGAACACAAACAGGCGGAAGGGGUGCUGGCGGAAGGGCAGCAGGCGGACGGGGAGCAGGCAGAAGGGGGGCAGGCGGAAGAGCUGGCGGAAGGAGAGCAUGCAGAAGGGGAGCAGGCGGACGGGGAGCAAGCGGAGGGGGAUCAGGCGGAGGGGGAGCAAGCGGAGGGGGAGCAGGCAGACGGGGAGCAGGCACACGGAGAUCAGGAGGAGGGGGAGCAGACGGAGGGGGAGCAGGCGGAAAGGGCGAGAGGCUCUGUGAGUAGUGACGGAAGUGGUCUUGCUGCGUUGUUGGAAGCGGUGGGAGCAGUUGGAGUUGAUGGCUCGGUGCAUAGCAACGCAGGCUCGGUGCAUAGCAACGCAGGCUCGGUGCAUAGCAACGCAGGCUCGGUGCACAGCCAUGGGGAUCUGGAUCUGGUAGCCUCAGACUCAGUAGGUUCGGAGAGAAGUGAACGGGGUGAGAGAGGCGAGAGGGGCGAGAGGGGCGAGGAGGAAGAGAUGGUGCCGGCAGUGGCGGCAGUGAUGGAGGAGUUGUCUGGGAUCCCGUGGUCUACUCAAGCGGCGCUUGUGAGCAACAGGGAUUUGCAGGUGCAGGCGAUGCUGGUGCUGCAAGAGGAGGCUGCAGAGGAGAGAAACAGGCAGAACAUGGAGGCGCUGGCGGCAGCAGCAAGCUACUGCUUGCACCUGCAACAGGAGCGGUGUGAGCAGCAGGGGCAGCAGCAGCGGAGGGAGAUCCACCAGCGGGCUCGCCGGCUGCUGAGCAAUGAGGGCUUGCAGCCGCUGCUGCAGCAGGAGCAUCACGAGCGCAGCAGCCACCAGCUGGCUUUAAGGACCGUCAUUCAGGCGCUGUCUGACUCGCUGGUGAAACUGCCCAUCCACCCCUCCAGCACGGUGAAUGCAGCACGGCUGAAGGAGCAGCUAGACGGCCUGCACGACCUGCUCACAGCAAUGCAACCCUGUGCUGACGACCUUGUCCAGGUGCCUGGGGUGGCGUGCCUCGUCUCAUCCAUAGCUGACCAUCUCACCUCUACCAAGGCAGCUCUCGAUGCUGCAUGUGGCAACAGUGACCUGCUGGCGGACGCCUCUUUAAAGGAGCAGACGAAGUCUUUUCAGCUGCAGCAGCUCGCAUACCCUUGCAGCCUGAGCUGUAGAGCCUGUGUUGUGGAGCUGUUGAUGGAGGAAAGGUCCGGCUCGCCUACUAGGUUUCGGAUAGGAUACGCUCUUGUGCAGAAGAAAAUCAACAGCUUUCUUCAGGAGAAGCUUCAGAGGGAGUCUAGUAGGAAAGGUAUUGAGCUGGUAAAAAUAGAUCUGUCGAAACCGCUAGCAGAGCAAGGACCUUUUGACGCCAUUCUUCACAAGAUUCCGUCGCAACAGUGGUACGAGGAGUUGGAGGAGUAUCAACUGAGCAGACCAGAUGUUCUUGUCAUUGACCCCCCGGAAGCCAUUGCGCGGUUAUACAAUCGUAUUUCCAUGCUUCAGGCCGUUGACGACAAACUGCAAUACGAGUGUGGAUGUGUCGUCGGGAUCCCGAAGCAAAUUGUCGUGCACGAAAAACAGUCAGUCACCGAAAGCUUUGCGACCUCCGGCCUGUCCUUUCCUGUCAUCGCGAAACCACUACUAGUCGACGGAACACCCAAGUCGCAUCUCAUGUGGCUCGUGUACAACGAGGAAGGAUUGAAGAAGCUGUUGCCUCCGUUUGUUCUUCAAAAGUUCGUCGAUCACGGUGGUGUGAUUUUUAAAGUUUACGUCGUGGGGAAUCAAGUGAAGUGUCUCCGGCGGAAGUCAUUGCCUGAUCCUCAACCGCAAGACCUUGCGAAUCCUGAUGGAUUAAGAUCAUUCUGUCAGGUCUCUAAUCUCCCCGGUUUGGGAAGAAAAGGAGGAGAGGUAGCUGAUGCGAGCCUUUCACAUGUGGAGCUACCACCAGCAGAUUUGAUGAUUUCGAUUUCUUCCAGACUGAGAAAGAACCUUGGGCUGAGGUUGUUUAACUUCGAUCUGAUUCGGGACAGGAACUGCAGCAGACGGUUUUAUAUCGUCGACAUCAACUAUUUUCCGGGCUUUGCAAAGAUGCCUGACCUGGCAGCAGCGAUUAUUUUAUCUGCUGCCACUACCAUACCAUAG